AUGCAAAGCCACGAGCACCUCGGCGCCAUCAGCCACUCCUGUACAGCCAAUGUGCCGCCUCCACCACACCUUGGACCCGCCCAUCCCAGCAGCCGUGUCUUGUCCGGUCGCGUUGCUGGCGGAAUCGGCGACCUGCUGCAGCAUCCUCAGCCAGGCGGGUCGCCGCCAUACCGCUACGCCGCCAACGUCGAACAAAACCCCCAGUUCAGUCCCUCGGCACCGUCAGCACAGUGCUGGCCGGCCUCGGUUGACGAACGUGGAGGUGACCAUGCUGACGGCAGCAACAAUGACGGCAGUGAUGCCGAUGACGACACCGGCAACCGUCGCGCCACCACCUCCACACGUCGCACUCGUCGCCCCGUGCCACAAACGCACACCCGCCUACACGACGGCUUCAACCUGUACCGUCAGCUCGGCGGCACCGUAUUCAUGCUGCAGAAACACCAGCGGCAAGACAACAGCCCAUCUGGCCAGCAGCUUACCCGCUUCACAACCAUGUUCGGCGGCAUUCAACCCACUGAAGCACGUGUUGCAGAUCUAGUAGACGCACUCAACCAACGCGUCAUCACAGAUUUGUCCGAUCUCACAGACCUCGAACCCCGUGUCGUGCUGCAACGGAACGAACCCAGGCACGCGCUCAACACACGCCUCCUGAUGCUCCAGGCGCGCCGCAAAGGAGCGCGUUUGGUCAGCUGGAAUGCGGACCACGUCCCGGUUAGGCAACAUGGCGCAACCCAACAACAGCCGCUCUCCCAUGUCGAAAAGGCUGUCGCAAUGCGAGUAAAAGACGCCACCUUCGACCACACCACCGCCGACACUUGGUACUACGAGGGUGCACGCUACACCCUACUCGACACCACUGCUGCCGAUGCUGGCGCGUGCCACAACAAUGAAGUCGAGGCAUGUGGCCUGCUUACCGACAGCCGUGAACCGCCCGACGACGGCCGCGGCCCGUACUGGCGCCUCCACUACCUACCUGCAGCCGUCUUGGUCCGUCCCAUUAAAGGGCACGCGCCCAAAGCGGUGCUAGCAGACUUAGCGGACUUCGCAGCCAAAGGUGCUGCCUUCGCCAUCGUACCACGGCCCUCGCCGGCAGCAAACAUCACCGUGCCAGCUGCCAACACCGGCACCGCCACCAAAAAUGUACGUCGAGUCAAUGUACCGCUUGGUGACUACUACGCCGUCACCGACUACUUCGUACAGGGCCGUAGCUUCAAGGAAGAAUGCUGGGUCACGGACCUUUCCGUCCCGCCCGGUGGCCUCAAGCGUGCAACCAUGUACGUGUUGCUCACCCGCUACAAAACACUCGACCACAUCCGCCUCCUGCGCCCGCUCUCUACCACACCCGACGAACGAGCACGAGUCGUCAAACAGUUCAUGGCAGCAACCAAGCUGGACCCCGACCUGGCGGCCGAACUCCGCCUCCUGGAUCGCCGUGCAACCGAAACCCGUGAACGCUAUACCACCGAGUACAAACACGCCAGAAACCUUGAGGAGCGUUGGACCUCCGCAGCCAACACCACCUGA